GAAAUUCAGUCCUCUUCAUCCAGUUUCUCUUCUACCAUUUCAAAAGCUUCUAGAUGGUCUCCAGUCUAGCAGCACAGCUCGCUAAGAAUGCAUCUCUGAACUCUGCACUCCUUGUUGACAAAUCUCGUCGAAAACCGACACAGUCGUACCUCUUUACACCGAAGGAAGCAGAUCAGCAUGACCUUGACUCAAUUUACGCAUUGGGCGUGAACGGUUUCACUCAACUUGCGACUCUAAAUGGAUUAUUAAGAGCCUACGAUGCCUCGCUUUUUUCAGAUGCCGCCAAAGCAUUGGACAGGACCUUGCAACCGAGUGACGUUGUUGCAGACCUCGAUCGCGCUCUGGACUCUUUUCUGCCAUUGCUAGGACCAUACCUUUUGGAGAAUCCGACAGGGAAAGUGUUGGAAUGGCUUGUGCGGAGGUUUAGAGUUAACGAAUUCAAUGUGAGCCCGGUCUUGGCAUUAUUUUUGCCUUACCACGAGUCUCCGCACUUCGCCAAAAUGUUGUCCAUUCUUCAUAUAACAGAGGCUUCACCAUUUGCACCUUUGAUACCGUUUAAAACCACUUCAACACCGCUUUCACGACCUGCCCUCGUAAAGAUCCUCCUGCAACCUCAAAAUUCGGACUUUGCUCGCUUCGUAGCAUCUAUUCUACCUGCCGCGCUUCAGAUGGAGGCGAUAGGCGGCGUUCACCGCGGCCUGAUUGCCUUCCAUACGAGUGUACUACUUGAUUUUAUCAAGAAGAACCACGACGCAAGAAAGGGAAAUGUCCCAGACGAAAGCAUUUUGGCGUGGUACCUUCCUGCUGCUUCUGAGCCACUCCAGAUAUGCUCGAAGGUCGAGGUCGAGUCUUCACGAGAGGCUCUAGUAAAAGAGACGAUCCUCUCUGCAUUUUUGCUUCUCUCGGCUCUGUCCCAUACAUGUCCGCUCACUGCCGAAGCUUUGUCGUCGAUACUUAAGCUUGCGACCGCUUGCGCCUCGAGGGUAAGCCCCAAGCACCUCACGCGAACGUUCAUUGCUCUGUGCGCUGUGCAAGACAAUGUUAGCGAUGUGGUAUGGUCAAAUACACUGACCAAGAGUGUUUUGAGAAUUCCUGACAUUGAGCAAGAACUCAAAGAGGCUCUGCCAUAUGCGGGCUCGGAGAAAUUCAUUGGCGGCUUCCUGUCUGAGCUUGUCCCUCGGUUGUCCGAUGAGCAGGCGUUCAGGGUCGUCGAUGCUUUGGUCACCCACUCCGAGCUCCCUGCUAUUCUUAUCCGAUCUCUCACAGUGUCGCUUUUCAAAGCGCUGGUCGAACAGAGCUCAACAGAAUCGCAUUCUAAGAUUCGCUCGUUACUGGUUCAGGUCCAACAAAGACACCCUGAUGUUUUGCAAAACUCCUAUGACGAUAUGUUGGAGACCGACAGCGACAAGAAGGACGUGCUUGAACAGGCCCUGCUAUCUCUCUCGAUGGAUCUACCGGGAACGACGAAAAAAUUAGACAGCGUGGUUGGCUCCAUGAAUGCCGACUCUAACGUCCGAAUUAUUGCCGUUCGCGAGCUUUACGAAAAGCUGAAGACCGGUGAUUCAGAAGAGAAGGCAUCAAUUCAAUCUGCUUUAAUGAUCCGGAUUCAAGAUACCAGUGCUCCGGUCCUGGAAGCUUUGUACGCGAACCCCGCGGAGUUGCUGCCGAUCAUCUUCAACGAUGCAUCUGCAUACAUCGACACAAUCUCACAUGUUCUACACUCGUCACCUGCACCUGGCCGAAGCAUCAUCAAGGCGCACGUAACCUUCGUAGCUCGUCACUUGUACCCUGCUCUAGUGGAGAGAAGUGAUGGCACGAAGCUUGCCGGUCGUUUGUUCUACGACGUUGCUCUUCCAUUCUUGCUAUACUCUAAGCCGCGGCAGAAGACCGCCUCUGCAAUCUGGGAGAUUCUUGAGGCCACAGAGAAGGUCGACGAUGCGACGUUUGGUCUGGCGCGAUAUGAAUUAUUGGCUGGCUGCGUCGAUGCGGCCCGUUGGGAAACAAGCGAUGAUCGAGAGGGUGGCAAUCGCAGCGCCUCUUCUUUUAUUAAGGUCAAUCUGGCUGUCGCGGGUAGAAUCGCAGAAAAUGUUGUAGCCUCUGAUAUGUUCGGCGACCAUAUCACUGCCUUUUUGUCGAAGUUGCAAGAUCAGGACGCUCAUGCUCGGGCCCUGGCGUACCUUGUUGUGCGUUCAUUGUUAAGCAGACUAUCAGGCGAACAUCAGCUCGAUGCUGGUUUACGUGCUAUGACGUCCAUGGGACUCGAAGGACUGGACACCAUGAGUGAUUUCCUCAAGGGUGCAGAAAACGUUCAAGAGGUCUUAGAUGAUACAAACCUGGGGUACGCUGUGUUCCACAAGCCCAGCAGUCGUAACACGUUAUCUCGAAUGCAGGCAUCGAUUUUGGUCAUGCUUCCCACUAUUUCGCGCCCGUCUGGUGUCUCUCUAAACUGGUUGGACGAUCCGAAGGCCAUGACUGACACGAGAGCUUCCAAAUAUAUGCAGCUUAUGCGCACAGUCUACAAAUUAGCGAAUUCAACUGUCCUCCCUCCUAUGUUAGCUGGUUAUCUCUUACGAGUCGUCCUCAUCAACCUUGGGGAAGACUCGUUAAGAUUCUUAGCUUCUAUUUGGCUCAGUUCGGAUCCCAAGGUCAACGCCGAUCCCUCUCACUACGUCUCCCUCCAUCACGCAGCUGCGUUCUUGGAAGCUCAUCAUGCUACGCAACGAUGGAUCGACUUCCAGACAAUCAUCCCCGCAAUCCUUGCCGCCCUACAACACAUCGAUCGACGUGUCCGGGGCGCAGCCCUUGAAUGCGUCACGAUCCUUGCAAAACUGUCUCAAGCGAAGAAGCCUAUGGCUCUCUAUGCUUACGAUGCCAUCUACGGAUCUAGCUCAGAUGCACUUCAAUAUCUCGAUUGGGCUGAUCUGUCAAAAUACAUUCAAGCCCUCGGCGAUGCACGUGAGCAUAUUCUGAACGAUGCCUCGUACCUGGCCAUAUUCCAUCAACAUCAUCUUGCGGCACCAAAGUGGGAACCAAAGAGAGAAUCUGGCAGAUACAAGAAACGUAUUCUCUGCUACAUCAUGUCACACGUUAAUGCAUGCGGUCUGCCUUCCCUCAAAGUCUCUCUACUCAAAAGUGUCGCGGAAGUCUCCAGUUCCGUCAAGUCGCAGAUGUUGAUGGACACCAUUCAGAGCGUGGGACCUACAACGGCCUCUGCCUUUGGCCCUCUUUACGAAGAGUUUAGUGUCCUUCUGAUCUCCGUGUUUGACGCAUCGGCAGCGGAUAGCCUGAAUGACACCAGUGGCACUGCUUGGAUAACAUAUCAGGAUACAUUGCGUCACUUUUUCCAAUCCGGGUCUGUCGCAGCUGCACGGAGGGCAUUAGCAAAUCGCAUAAUACACGGUCUGUUUGCGGAACUUACUCUGCAACGAAAGGUCGAAUUGUGCCAGCUUUUGUUGGAGUUGGGACAGUCUGAUCAUGAUGUUUCGAAGGACUGCCGUGAUAUUUUGAUUAGCGUCCUUACCGAGGUACCAGUAAUCGUUCAUGUCCUACGCGCUUUGCAGCCGGAUUACGCAGACGUCGAACAACGAGCAAGCAAACGUGCCAAGGUCGAUGGCUCGGAAGAAGGUGGCUCCAAGGGAUCGCUCUCAUCAUUGAAUGCAUUUGCGGAUAUUCUUUCGGCCUCACAGCUACCUGGAUCAGUGGAACUACUCACUGUGAUCUUGGAGACUCUGACAAAGCUCGUACAUGAUGUACCCGCAGCUUCCGGGGACAAGGUCUUCGCAGAACAGCUUCUCCUAUCUGCGCUGGAGAAUUCUGCAAAUCAUAUGCAUGAGGACACCAGAUUACCUGCGACUGCGAUCAGGCUUGACAUUUUGGUGGAAUUAAUCCGAGCUUCAGAGAACCCUCAAACAUUCAACCAAGCUCUUCUAUUGAUGGCUACCUUGGCGCGUCUCGCACCUGACGCUGUUCUCCUCAAUAUCAUGCCCAUAUUUACAUUUAUGGGGUCGAAUGUCUUCCAUCGUGAUGAUUCGUACAGCUUCCGGGUGGUGCAGAAGACUAUCGGCAGUAUCGUGCCCGUCAUGAUAUCCUCAUUGAGGAAAUCUCAUCCAGAGCGUUUUGAACUUCAUGUUGCUUCUCGAGCCUUUCUAAGGAUUUUUACGGAUGCUGCCAACCAUAUUCCUAGGCAUCGUCGCACUGGUUUCUUUUCUCAACUUGUCGACGCACUCACGCCGCAAGACUUUCUUGCUCCGGUAUCCAUGUUAUUGGUCGACAAAGUUGCCAACCGUGUCGUGAGACAAAAUGUUGCAGAUGCCCGCAAUUCACUCACGUUGCCUCUAACGGUUCUUCAACGUUAUCCGUUAGAGCUACAGCUAUCAACCCUGGUCGAAAUCCUCCGUGAGGCUCACCGUUUGACAAAGGCUGCUGCAAACCCUGAUGGCAGCGUCCAGACGUUCUUAGAGCUGCCGUCUGAUGAUGAACAUACUGAACCAGCGACUACGAUGCAGAGACAAGCGCAGGCACUCCUGAUCUUCGUUGGGCAAGCCAUUCGAACGGUGCCCUCGGCUCCGUUUACCGAUGAUACUCCAGCACACUCUUAUAGCGCUGAUCUGCUUUCAUUGACCCUUGAUUUGGCCGUAUCGAAGAACGUCAUUAGUAGUAUUGCGGAUACCGCGCGGUCGGCCAUCAAGGAUAUCCUGAGUUCGAUGACUGCCAUCGAUUUCGUUCUGGGAGUGUUCACUAUAUUGCAAUCCGGGGAACCCACGGUCCAGCAGGGCGCAUUGGAAUUGCUAGGUGAUAACUUGGCGGAACUAAAGGAUGCGUCGCGUACAAGAGUAUCCAAGACUGUCAUCAAAAUUAUUGAGGCUACCAGGAAAGUCUUACUCUCCGAUGUGGACGAAUCACUGGUCAUUGCAUCUUUCCAUGGUCUGAAAGGCGUCGUGAUUACAAUGUGCCCCGGCGAAGAGAGUGCACUGACGAGCUUGGUCCCUGUUGUUGUCACGUAUAUCCGAGAUGACAAAUCGGUUGCUUCUGCGCUGGAUAUCAUGUCGUCCUUAGUGGUGAAAUUGGGGCCUCGGAUCAUUCCUUACUUCAAGGAUAUCGUCUCUGUGUCCGUCAGUGUAUUUCAUUCUGAAGGACUAUCCGUGCAAGCCCUCUCCACGUCGCUCAAUAUUCUUCAAGCACUUUUGCAUUCCAUUCCCAAAUUUUGGAGCAAGAAUGAACUUGCUCAAGUCCUCGACGUUUAUCUCGAAAGCAGUUCGUCUGCUGCACGGACUCAUGUACCUGAAAUGGCUACUCUGAUGAAAGCAGUCGCUAAGAAAGCGCCGGCUAAGGUGUUGCUGCCUUUGCUCUGUGAAACAUGGACUUCUGUAGCAUCCGCUGAUAAGGAGGUGUCUGAAGAUCAGCUUCUCGCAUAUUGGAGUGUCCUAAAGAGGACCAUUCGAGCUGCUCCACGCCCGAUAAUCUCAGAUCAUUUACGCCAGCUUUUCAAAACCUUCCUGGAUGCCUUCCAGUUCUUCGCCUCCAAUCCGCAGCUACAAGAGAAUAUUGAGCCCGCUGCAAUUUCCACAUUCUUGGAGCUUGUGGUGAAGAUCAACGAAGCGACAUUCAAACCUCUAUUCAGGAAGUUAUUUGACUGGGCGUUUACUAUUGAUGAUUCAAUGGCGAACGCCAGGAAGUUGGUGUUCUGUCAUAUAUAUAGUGCCCUAUUGGAUUACUUCAAAGGAUUAAUGACUCCAUACAUGUCGUUCCUUCUCCAACCGACUAUUGGACUUUUGGAAGCUUUCCGCAAGCAAUCGAAGGUCUCGACGGUUCAACCUAUCUGGCGUGCAGUCGUUGAGAUGCUCACGAAGACAUUUAUACAUGAUGACAGUGUAUUUUGGCGAGAUGAUAAACUGCGCCAGCUUCUCUCGCCCUUGGUAUCUCAGCUUGCGGUUUCGGUCCGGUUCAAUGAUGCCGAUAGCAAGGCUGCUGUGUCAGAGUGUCUACUCGGCCUCGCCGAGGUUCUGUCUGACGAUAGCCUGCUGAAGUCCUUGAACCUGGAUAUUCUCAUGAAUACACGAUCGGAAGACUCGCGUCUGCGUCUCCAGGCUUUGACAUGCAGCGAAGCUAUUUGGAGAAGCCAUGGCGGCAAGUUGUUAGGUUUCGUAUCGGAGACAGUUACAUUCAUCGCUGAGGCCGCAGAAGACGAUAAUGACGAUGUUGUUCGGGAAGCGUUGCGCCUCAAGGACGCCGUGGAGAGCGUUGCUGGCCGCAUAGAUGUGUAGUUAAUGGUUCUUCUCUUGCGCAUAUACACACAUUCUGUUCAGCCACGCCAAUCAUUUAUACUACGCUUGAUUGAGACUGUCAAGAACACUAAAGAUGGACAUUAGGAGGUUAUACAGCUAGGGAAACACUGUUAAGGUAUAAUACUACUCAAGGCCCACUGCUAUUCGAGAGGAAGUACCUGCCCAGUCAUGGUCUGAAUCGGAGGAACGAUGUCGUCGAGGAUCGAUAGUUGUCCGUAGCUUGAAGCGAAUUGGGUCACGGCUAGACACUGAGGAAUGACUAUCCUCCUGCCCCUCAGGUGAGGGCUCUUCAGGAGAAGGCUCUUC